UUGAUGAAGAGAAAUUUCCCCUCAUCAACAUUUUGGUUACAAUAAAGUACAGUUUGUACUGGAAGGAUAGUGUCGAUGCUCAACUGAACUUCAGUUUCACAUGAGAGGAACUUCUUGCCCACAGGAAUGACUUGGUGACGUGGAUUAUGACUCUUUCUCGACUGAUUGGAUUCCACAGCUGUCCUUCCAUUUGGCUGGGCGUGAGACCAGAGAAGAAUGUGCAGGGACAUCUCUGUUUGUGUGUACUGUGCCUCCUCAUGGAACCUUCCUCUGGGACUGAAGGGAAUGAGGCAGAAGGACCUGUAGGUACUGUGGCUUCCUAGUUGCUGCCUGCCAGGAAGGAGAAUGAGGACUGAGAGCCAUCAGCUUCUCACUUUCACUAGUGCUAGGAGAACCAGACCUUUCUAAGGGAGAAUCCUCUGAUAGAAACCCUGACUACACAAUGGCCUUUGCAGUCUCCCUGGCCCAGCUCCAAGCAGAGGCCAGCUGCCCCAUCUGCCUAGAUUACCUGAGAGACCCAGUGACCAUUCACUGUGGGCACAACUUCUGUCUCUCCUACAUCCAUCAGCGCUGUGUAGAUCUACAGGACAUCUUCCCCUGUCCUGUCUGCCUCCACCACUGCCCUGACAGGAGCUUCAAGAGGAAUUCCCAGUUAUGUCACCUGACUGAAAUUGUUAAGCAGCUUCCCACCACGAGCAGCAAGAGGAAAGGGCAGGAAGAGAAACCCCUGUGUGAGAAGCACAAUCAGGUUCUGGCCCUGUUCUGUGAGGAGGACCUGGAGCUGUUGUGUCCCCAGUGCAGGGUCUCCUCUGACCACUGGGAUCACCCCCUGACGCCCACUGAACAAGCUGCAGCUAGUCACAGGAGGAAGCUCAGAAGCUACAUUGAACCCCUGAGGGAGCAGGUUGAAGAUGCUGAAAAGAAGUUAGGAAUCCAAAUUUCAAAAUCAUUUGAAUUGCAGGGAAAGGUGAAGAUUCAAAGGGGGGAAUUAGACUCCGAUUUUAAACAAUUUAAGAGUUUCCUUAGAAAAGAGAAUAAUUUAAUUAUUUUCAAAUUACAGAUUGAAGAGAAUGCUGUUCAAGAAAAACUGAAUGAAAACAAAGUAAAAUUCUCAGAGCAUGUGUCCACACUAAAAAAGCUUCUGUUUGAAACAGCAGAAAUGUGUGAGCAGUCAGACCUGGAUAUACUCACAGGUAUUGAAAGUAUCUAUAACAAAUGUGAAAACCUGAACACCCCAGCCUUCUUUUCAUAUGAAUUCAAGGAAAAAUGUUUCAGUCCUUAUGAGCAAUAUUUUAGUUGUUCAUACAAUUAAAUGAUCAUACAGAAAAUGAUCAACCUGUUUAAGGUCAAUUUGACACUAGAUAUUGAAACUGCACACCCCAAUCUUAUCAUCUCAGAAGACAGAAAAAGUGUGACCUUAGGAAAGCCGAAAGCAAACUUUCCUUACAAUCUCAACAACUUUACUUUUUUGCCAGCUGUCCUGAGUCUUCAGACGGUUGUUUCUGGCAGGCACUAUUGGCAGGUGGAAGUAAGAGGCAAUGGUGAAUGGGCCGUAGGUGUCUGUAAGGAAUCUUUUCCCAGAAAUGCUAUGACUUCACCAUCCCCAAAAGAUGGAUGCUGGCGAAUCCAGCUCUGGUCUUACACCUGUGUUGCAUUGGAUAUAAUAAUAUCCAUGCAGAUUAGUAUUUUUCUGGACUAUGAGUUGGGAGAGGUUUCAUUUUAUAAUUUGAAUAACAGGUCUCAUAUCUAUACGUACACUGAUACAUUUAGAGAAAAACUUAGGGCUUAUUUCUAUAUUGGACCUACUUCAGACAUUCUUACAAUCUGUAUAGUAACCCAGGAAUGAAGAACUACCUGGGAGACAUUUGCAUGUUGAUAUUUUUCUUCCUAUUGUUCAUGAAUGCCACUUGGAAUAUUAUAUAAUUAUUAAUUGUUGGGAUGAUAUGAUCUCAAGAGUUAUGGUGUUUUGGUUUUUGGUUGUGUGUGUUUUUUAACUUGUAAAGUAAUCAGAUAUUCACAGGAAAUUGCAAAGAUAGUGCAGCAUGUUUUGUUUGUUAACACCUAGAAGACAGUCAUCUUCUGUCCCUCUGUUUCACUAACUAUAACAUGUUACUUAGCAGGCCUAUUUCACAGAAAUGUUGCAGGAAACAAAUGCAAAGUGCUUUUGUAACUGUGAAAUAAAAUACAUAAAAAUGCCAGGUUUUUUUUUUUUUUACAUUGUCUUUUCAAGGUUUCAUAAAUGCUCUCACAGCAUUUAUGAUUUUCCUAUAUAUUUUCCAUUUCUAGAAA